CGCCACUACGCCACGCGACCUCACCUAACCGCGCGCGCGCCCGCCCACCCACGCGACGCGACGCGCGCGCGGCGUCAGAUCGCGGCGGCGAGGCGAGGCGAGUCCGCGCCGCCAGCAACCUGGUCGUGCCGUGCGAGCCAUGGAGAGGAUCAUCGCCAUGUCCGUGGUGGGCGCGGGGCCCGGGAACGUGUUCGGCCCGGGGAUGAGCGCCGGCGCGCUCGAGAGCUUCGUCCCGCGGCGGCAAGCGGGCGCCACCGACAACGCGGCGGCCUCGGCGGCGGCGGCGGCGGAGGGAACAGGGCGCGGCGCGACAAGGCCGGCGGAACAGGCGACGGCGGCGGCGGAAGGCAGGAGGGCCGGUGGCGACGGCGUCGCGCGGUUCGAUCCAGCGCGGGAUGGGCUCCUCUACUGCUUCGAGACCAUCUCGCCGCAUUGACCCUGCUCUGUUCUUCCGAUCCCCUCUUGUUUUGGGGGGGAUUUUCUUUGUUUCUUUCUUUCUUAGGUUGCGUGUGAUUCGAGCGAUUUGGAAACAUGUCUCGAUUUGUUAAUUGCACAAGGAUGUCGAGCAAUUCUGAAAUCAAUCGAAUUUUUUGUUUUUUUUCUGCAAAAAAGAAAAGAAAAGAAAUCAAUCGAAUUUGGUAGACGAUUGUGCCUUUCUUUCCUUUUUAGUUUUUUCUGCAAAAUGUGUUAGGCAACUGGCGAUGCCUAAUAUUUCCGUGACAGCGUACACCGAACAACAAUUAGGGGUUGAUUGUUUGUUUCACAUGUUAAUCAUGCCAAGAUUUUGGCAAGGCUUAUAUUGACAA